AUGGUGUCAUCCAGCAUUGCUACUGGCACUGGCACUGGUUCCGAUGCCUCCCCUCCCCAAUCCAAUGGACACGGCGAGAAGCGCAAGGCCGAAGCUGACCCAACACCGGAGAAACAAUCACAUACGAGGCGUAAAAUAAAAUGCAAUGGGAACACUCCGUGUCAAAGAUGUGGCAACCUGAAUCUCGAGUGCAUCUAUGCACCGAACUGUUGCACGAACUCGCUCAAAGAUUCUGCGGAGUUUAACCAGAUGCGGGAGCACAUCGCUGCCCUCCAAGAGCAGGUCAAUGACCUCUACGCCAGCCUGAACGAGCUACGAAGCAGGUCUGACAUUGCUUUUUCGGCUCCCAUCGAUCCGCAAUUCUCCCACGAUGGCUCGCACCGUUCAAUGUCCGUGUCGGCAUCGCGAACGCUCCCCCCCCUCAUCUCGCCGAAAAGAGCCCAGCCCAGGGCCUUGCCUCAAUUCCAUGGCCCGACAAGCACAGUGUAUGGAUUGGAUGUGGCCAAGUCUUCCCUGCAAACCAUGGGAAUAACACAUAAUGCGCUGGAUGAUGGAAUGAUGUCCCGCGAUCGAAGCCGGGCAGCUUCACCUAUUAUGAUGCUCCCGCCUCAUCCCAGCAAGGACCCACUGUGGCUCGUUGACCACUCUGAAGUGGUCCGUUUGUGUCGAGUUUAUGAGGAGGAGAUUGGCAUCAUGUACCCCGUGGUGGACAUCGACAAGGUACUAAAGCAAGCAAACUCGCUGUACAAGUUCAUUGCAGCCUCCCUCAGGACUGGGCUGGGCCAACCCAGCCUCCCAGGCGCAGACACAUUCGAUGACGAGGAAACCACUGUUUUAAAGAUGGUUCUUGCGAUUACGUUGACGGUCGAAGGACACGGUCGUAGCGAACUAGGCCAGCGAUUCUUUGAGGCGGCAAAACCGGCGACAGAUCUGAAGCUGGUUACCGCCCUUGAUAUCAAGUCCGUUGUUUUGACGGUACUGACGGCAACGUUCUACUUCCAAAAGGACGAAGAGGCACAGGCCUGGCGGUUCAUUGGCAUCGCAGCACGCAUGUGUAUAGAGAUGGGCCUCCACAGAAAGGAUUCAUUGCUCAAAUCGUUUACGAACGAAGCUGAAUACCAGCAAGCCAUCCGUAUCUUCUGGACGGUCUAUGCGCUCGAUCGGCGUUGGAGCUUUGGCACCGGUAUGCCAUUUGCAUUGCAAGAUGCUGACAUUGAUCCCGCACUGCCCGAACCAGACGAGAGUCAUCCAUAUCUGAAACACAUUACCAAGUACAACCAAAUUGCCACAAAGGUCUGGUACCACAACCUGGCGUACGAGGCGGGACAGAACACGAAGAAAGACGAGAUCGGAUUUUUGGAUUACCAGAUCCUGCAGUGGUAUGCGCAGCUCCCCGACUCACUGCAGUUCAACAAUCGAGAUCUCGCCAGAGAGAAUGAGAUACCCGGCCGUGGAGUGCGCCGGCUCCGACUCCUGAUGUAUCUGCGCAAGAAUCAGGCACGCAUUUCCAUCUACCGUCCCAUCCUUCAUUCCGCCACCAGCAUUAUGGAGAACCGGCAUUACGCUCAGAAUGUGAUUGAUGUGGCCAAGGACACUAUCAACACCUUGACAGCAGUCAACCAGAUGUCUGAUAUCUACAAGACCCAGCAAGUGCUGUACAACUACUUCCUGGUCCAGGCGCUUGCUGUACUCUUCCUCUCGGUGGCUCAUGCUCCGGCUGUCUUUUGCACCCAGACCAGGCAAGAGUUCUACGCUGCGAUUGAGAUUGUCAAGGGUUUCAGCACCAAGUCACAUGUGUCUAAGCGAUUAUGGCGGACCGUUCGGGGGCUGAAGGAUAUGGGUGACAAGAUCGGUCUUCUGGGUCGCGGAGGUAACGGCAUGAGUGACGCAGAGCAAGAUGCCCACUCAGAUGCUGCAAUGGCAAUGGCUGGGCUUGCCGGACACAAAGUCGACUACCAGCCGUAUAUCAACUCACAUUCGAACCAGACGAACGAAGGCCAAAAUCAGCAAGAGCUAGGAGUUAGCCCGGAUGAUGCCCUGCAGAUCACGAAUGAAUUGUCCAGUCUAUUCGAACUGGCCGGUGGCUAUGGAGCUACGACCCCAGGACCGGACACGUUCAACUUUGUGGGCGCCAACGGCGAGAUCAGCAUGGCAGAGGGAUUCAAUGCGUUUGGAAACGAGCCGGAAUUUGCCAGGAUUAUGAACGAGCUGUUCUGA